UUAUACCGUCUAUAAACAUGCACUUUAUCACUCAAACUGCUCUCUUCUUCUUCUUUAUGUGUGACUUGGGUUGUUUCACUGAGCUUGUUCCUGCCAUUGGCUCUGUUGAUCAGUAUGAUGUAGUGAGACCUCGGCGGCUGAGCAUCAGGAGACACAGGAGCACACCUGAGCAGACGUUUAAUACGGAGAGAAACAAGCAAGGAAAAUAUCCAGAGGAACUUUGGUAUCACUUGUAUUUUGAUGGAAAUAAUCAUACAAUUUAUUUGAAAAAGAACAGUUUUCUUAUGGGACAUAAUUACACUGAAGUACAUUACGGUGUGGAUGGAUCAGCUGUUAUUACAUCUUCAGGACCGGAGGAUCACUGUUACUAUCACGGCCACAUUCAGGGAAUAAACGAUUCAUCGGUCAGUGUUGGAGUCUGCUCAGGCAUUCGGGGUUUUGUACGGGCUAAAGAGCAGAUGUACCUGAUCGAGCCCUUAAGCGACAACGCUGAGGGUGACCACGCCAUCUACAAGCAGGAAUCCCUGAAAUUGAGAAAGAGGAGUCCAGAUUACACCGGUUUGGACCGUGUACCCAGAAUGGUGAGCCUCUUCAAACGCAGCCUAUGGAACCACAGGUCUCCAUUCGAAACUCAGAGAUAUGUAGAACUGUUUCUUGUGGUGGACAACACUGAAUUUAGAAGGUUCGGCUCUAAAGCUGAUGUGGUACGAGCGAGGAUGCUGGAGGCUGUAAAUCAUAUCGAUAAGUUUUAUCGUCCGCAAAACAUCCGAGUGAUGCUGGUGGGUCUGGAGCUGUGGACGGCAGAAGAUCAGAUUCUGGUCAGCCUGAGCAUCGACGACACUCUCACCAGAUUUACCGAGUGGCGCAAGACGGACCUGCUUAAACGAAUCAAACACGACAACGCGCAGUUCGUAACCGGUAUCGAUUUUUUGGGUGACGCUGUGGGGCUGGCGAACAAAUUUGCAAUGUGUGGUGAAGGUUCUGCAGCUGUAAACCAGGAUCACAACACGAGUCCACUCGGACUGGCUGCAACCAUCGCACACGAAAUGGGUCACAACAUGGGAAUGAGCCAUGAUGAACCGGGGUGCACGUGUGGCCAAUCGGACUGCAUCAUGACUGAAAGUUUAAAAGACAAAUCGUCAGUGUUUCCUGAACUCUUCAGUGACUGCAGUCUGGAUCAGCUGACCACAUAUCUGGAGAACGCAGACUCCAGCUGCCUGCUGGACCCCCCCAAAUCAGACCGACUGUACGGGGGGCCCGUCUGCGGGAACGCCGUCCUCGAUUUAGGAGAGGACUGUGACUGCGGGACCGUGGAGGAGUGUGAUGACCCGUGUUGCAACGCCGCAACCUGCAAGUUAACGCCAGGAUCUCAGUGUGCCGAGGGGAAGUGCUGUGAGAACUGCCAGAUAAAACGAGCGGGGAGUGUGUGUAGGGUCUCCGUGAACGAAUGCGAUCUGGACGAGUUCUGCACAGGACUGUCAGAGAAGUGUCCGGACGACAGCUUUAAGAUGAACGGGAUGCCCUGCAGCUCUGGAAACAACUACUGCUACAACGGGCAAUGUCCAACCCAUCUCCAGCACUGCCAGAGGCUUUGGGGAAAAGAUGCCAGCGUUGCUGUGGACGGGUGUUUCUUCAGAAAUCUGUUUGGGAGAAACGAUUCUCACUGUGGCAGAACCGAGACUGGCUACAGACCCUGUGCAAUGGAAGAUCGAUUCUGUGGAACCAUAUAUUGUUCGGGAGGUCGAAGAAUCCCGGUCACCGGCCUGAAAGCCACGCUGAUGUUCAAAAACGAAAUGUGCAAAAUAGCCGGAGAGAUUUCUCAGAGCGGCAACAUAAGCAUGGUGCCCACGGGAACAAAGUGCGGCCAUGACAAGGUGUGUUAUGAGAACAUGUGCCAGGAUGUGACGGUGUACGGUACGAGCCAAGACUGCUCGCUGAAGUGUAACAAUCAUGGGGUUUGUGAUCAUCGAGCACAGUGUCAUUGUGAUCCUGGAUGGGCUCCACCUUACUGUGAUACAAAAUACGCUGAUUUACCUUCUGGAAAAUCGACGGUCGUCGGCGUGUCAGUCGCGGCCGUAUUCCUCAUCCUCGCUGCAGCGCUCGGGGGCUGGAUGUACUGUAAAAAGAGGACGGGCACUGGCUCCAGAAAUCAAAAAAACGAUCAUCCGGCUCAGCAGGUCCUUUUAACGGAGCGUCCGGAGAUCAGUGAACCUGUUUUUAAGGAGUCGACUGCUAACCAGCCCUGCACCCCACUUCCGCCACGCCCGCCACCACAGCCUCCUAAUCGGCCACAUCCAGCUGUUUUAUCACCCUCAAAGAAGAAGCCUCCUCCUCCUUCUCCUCCUCCUCAGGUGAGCAAACCUCCCGUACCUGCAGUACAGCCAGCUGUAGCGUCAGGAUCCUGGAGGAAACAGGAGACUGCGGGGGACGAAGUAAAACUCACCCUGUCUGAGAACUUCUCUAGGAGAUGACUAAACAAGAGAUCAUCAUGUAGAUCCAUAAUGGAUGUGUGUGUAUGAGUAAGAGCUGAGUAGCUGAGUAGUGAUGACGCUAUAAGAACCUGGUCUCUGUGCAAUGCUUAAUGUGUGAAAUAUGUUUAAUAUUCUGAGUUUAAUUAAUGUGUAUAAGACACGUCCGAUGGCAUUACACUCAGGAUAAUGAAACUACUGUUGUAUUGUACUGUUUUAUGCCACGUCACGUCACUGCGCCGUUAUUGCUUUGUGAUGGUUGGCUGCAUAGACAUGUCCGCUUUCUCCAAUGCCCCCUGUCAUAACACAUCCUUCAGUGUCAUUUAAAGUGACAUAACUUGCUGGAUUUAAUGUGGUUCAGUAGCUCAUUUUCUGUUCUGGCAGUCUCGUUCACUCGUUCAGUGCUGAUUAUCUCCCUCCGUUGAAUGUGUUUUAUUUUGCAUCCGUAUGUGUUUUCUGGCCAGACCGAGGCUUUUAUCAAUCGUAGCUUGGUGCUGAAUACUUUAAAGACCAAAUUAUUUACACUAGUACUAGUACAGAACAUAUUUAUAUAUUUAUAUAAUGCACUUGAUUGCUUGCUUUGUAUUAUUUUUAUUUAUUUAUUGUAGAGUACCACUUGUGGGGGUAUGCCAGAAGAGGUUUUAGAUACCCUCCCCACCCUAUGCACGCCCCACCUUUGAUAGUUUUGUACCUGUAUGUCUUUUGGAACCACUGCACCUAAUAGAAUGUAUUUAUAUAAUGCACACACUAACAUUAUUAUUUUAUAUUAUUGUAGAAUUCCAGUUAAAUGGACCAGUGAAGAUAUCAGUGUCCAGUUAUUAUACUUUUUAAUUAUUGUUAGCACAAUUUUAUUUGUAAAUAAAUUCAAUUUUUAUUGA